ACGAAUCGGUAUCGUUCCCACUACGCAAUUAUACGCGCGUAUAUAAACUCCGUGCCGCGCGUAUAAUCCGCAGGAUUGCAUCUAGUCGUUCGAGUCUAGCGUUCAGCCAUGAAGUUCGCGGUGGUGUGUCUACUCGCUGUCAUCGCCGUUGUCCACGUGUCUGCACAACCGGCCAAAGACGGGGAGUACACUCAUAAAUAUGAUAACAUCGAUGUGGACCAGAUUCUACAUAACGAUCGAUUAUUGAAUCGUUACGCCGAUUGCGUGUUGGAGAGAAACAAGGGCAGGUGCCCUCCUGAAGCUAUCGAAUUGAGAAAAGUUCUAGGCGAAGCGCUAGAAACCGAAUGCGCGAAAUGCUCAGAGCACCAGAGGGAAAUGACGAAGAAGGUGAUACGAUUUCUGGUGGAAAACAAGAGGGACGUAUGGACCGCUCUGAAGGCGAAGUACGAUCCGGAUGGAAAAUUCGCUCAGCGCUACGAGGAAAUGGCGAGGAAAGAAGGCGUGCAGAUAUGGAUUGUAAUUUCUCUAGCGAGUGUUGACGAAGAAAAAUUGCGUCAAACGUCGUACUCGUCGGUGUCGUCAUCCGUUUCCCGAAUGUCCGUGCAGGCGUGGCAGGUUUGGCCGACGUCGUCCCAACAUUCGGGACAAUGGACAAAGGGACAUCCGGGCGUCGUACACCUACGAAACUGCGGGCCUCCGCGCGGCUCCACCUCGCCGCAGACGAGACACUUGCGACGCGCCCAGGCGAAGAAUGCCAGCCAGCCGCAAAGCACCGGCCAGCGCAGCCUGAGGGCGAGCCACGGAUCCAUAUCGUACUCCAGUCGACGAGUCCUGACCAGGGCCCUGAUCUUGGCCCGCACAAACCUGGCGUCAGAGACAAGAUCAAGAUCGAUAAUGUAUACAGGAAUCAGAAGCAACGCAAUCUCGCCAAUCUCGUCCGAUACGAUGAGGCACUUGGUCGCGCUUCUCCCCGUGUACGCCCUUUUGUCAUCCGCCGUCGUUCUCGCCGACGACGUGCAGUACACCACGAAAUUCGACAAUGUAGACGUCGACGCGGUGAUAAACAACGAGAGGCUGUUGAACGGAUACGUGGGUUGUCUGCUCGAUCGGAAUCCCUGCACUCCGGACGCAGCGGAACUCAAAAAGAAUCUGCCGGAUGCGUUGGAGCACGACUGCGCCGGAUGCAGCGAGGCGCAGAAGAACGCGGCUGACAAAAUCUCUCACCAUCUGAUCGACAACAAGCAGGACGAUUGGAAGCUGCUGGAGGACAAGUACGACCCUACCGGGGCGUACCGCCGACGUUACCUGGAGAGCAAGGGAACAUCCAACUCCAAGGAAGGAAGCAGGUUCGAUUAAUUGACGUCCGCCAACGUUCUAAGGACGCGUAUGCAGCGGUUUCGACCUUGGCUAUCCUUUGGAUCUGAUUGCUUAUCAAUCUCGCUACACGACGGUCACACUUUACGUAACGAUUGCGUAAUGGAAAUAUCUCUGUCGCGUUUUUAUUAAUAUAUCCUUCAGAAUGAAAACUCUUCUACGAAGAGGAACGUCCGAAUUUUCUUCACAUUUCUUCCACAAAUUCGUUCAGAUAUUCAUUCCGGUAAAUAAAUAAAUUGCCCCGUUUUUCUCUCGCUAUCAACGUCGAAUAAGUUUUCCUGCACAGAUUGUAAUUUUUGCACGUAGAAAUAGGCAUAAUUUACGUAUGAUUGCCGUUGCAUUACGGUAAAGGAAACAUCAUUUCCCAUUGAGUCUGACGCUAUCGAGGAGAUUCCGACGGAAGUGAUAACGAUCUUGGAAUAAUAAUAGCCAAUUUGUCAUUGCAUUUUGCGCUUAAUAAGCUGUCUGCUUUAUCGGUAGUGGUACGGCGAGUACUUGUGUCCGUCGAUAGAUUCCGCUUCGUGAUUGCAUCUCACGAUCGCCCGCAAUUGCCCGUAACGAGAGUCUCGCGCUCUCGCAAUUAACCGGAAUUCCACGUUCUAAUCACUUCUCUCUCAGGAUCUCUUCUUUUCCGUAAGUUUCGAAGAUUUCUGCAAAAAACUAUAUGUUACUGAAGUGAUGUAAUAGUCGUAAAUACAAUUAUGAAACAAA